UCUGUACACACAUGCUUCAGUGUGUGUAGUGUCUUCUGAAAACUUUGAGUGACCGGAAUUAUUUUUUUCUUGUGAAAUAAUCAAGAUCUACUGCAUUACAAUGAGUGUUACGAUAGAGCAACAACGACAACGGGUGGAACAGGAGAUGACCAGAAAUGUUGAUGAGUUGGAUAAAUCAUUCUUACGAAAAGCGCAGGCUGAUAUGCACUUCUGCGCUGCCAGAUGCUGUGAAGACCAAACAUCCAGUAUUGACUCUGUACAGGGAUGUGUAGAUCGAUGCUCGGUACCGCUCAACAAAGCUCAACGCUACGUACACUCGGAAUUGGAAGGAUUUCAAGGUCGCCUGCAACGAUGUGUUAUGCAAUGUAAUGAUGAUAUUAAAAAUCAGAUGCCUCCAUCACCAUCAGAAUCCGAAGUGACCAAAUAUACCGCCCAGUUCGAACGAUGUGCUAUCAAAUGUGUGGACAAGCAUGUAGACUUGAUUCCAAAUUUAUUCAAAACAAUGAAAACUGUGCUGAAGAAGGGUACUGCCAAUUUACCGGAUGCUUAGUCGGAUGCAGUAGUUGUAUUAUACACGUGUAGAAGUUUGAGUUUAUUAAACAAUAGAUUUAUCGAUACGAAGA